AUGUCUCGAAGAUCCUCCACCUCCUCCUCAAGAAGAUCCAGCGUCGCAGACCUGUCCAAUGCGGUCUCGAAGCCGCCUAUCCUGCAACCAACGACCAGGACCAAGAACCAACGCACGGACUCGCCGGUUCCCAGGACCCCCGUCCGCUCCGUGUACCCCCACGAACCAAUCGAAAUUGACGACUCUCCCCCUCAGAUCGACAGAGGGUUCAGAGAAGCCACUGGCUCCCGUACUCCCGCCCCAGUGAAGGCAACGGGGAACAAACGCCCACCAAUCCAGUCGCCCAGGAUCACCGUGCGGAAUGCUGGCAACACUCCGGUCGACACCCGCAAGCGAAGGAAGGUGUUGGAUACGCCCAAAGAACGACGAAGAGGCGAAGCAAUCAUUGGCUCCGCCACUCUCAACGUCUCCGGCCUAGACCCGGAAGAGGACGAGUUCACGAGCGAGACCCUGACGAGAGACGUGGAAUACCAGCCUGGAGAGGGAGAGGAGUACUACGGAGCAGAGAAGAACGGAGCUGUCUGCAUGUGCGAAAACCCGGACGAUAGCGCCUCCAUUUAUGGUCGCGUUGUCCAAUGCAAACGCGGAGACCUCUGCUGUGGAAGCCAAUUCUAUCACCCGGAAUGCCUCAACAACCAGAGACUGCCCCACCCUCAGGAAGACGAAGAAGUCCUGAGGGACUACUUCGCCCAGUACAACUUCAUUCGCCCGCCUUGCCUAGAAGACCUCCCGGAGAAUGCGGAAACCGACGGCCAGAUCACUGCGACCAAGCACCCAAACGUUGGCAAGAAGAGGGGCCUGCAUCUGGCGCCCUACGACCAUGAGAACUGCAAGUGGAGGACCGACUUGGCGAUGAAGACAGGGGAGGGGGAUAUGGAGGAAGACCGACCGUACUGGGUCUCGGGGAGGGACAUCGAAACCGUCAUGCUCCCGAGCCUAUACAAGGAGUACAUGGAUGUCCCAUCCACCAUCCCACAACCACAUGCGAGACUGGGAAAAGGAAUUGAUCUUGAAACAAGCCGCGAGAUCAUCGUAGCGGGCUUUGGCCCCAAACCCAAAGACAAGCCGGAGGACAAGGAGAUGACGUUCGGUGUGCCAAGAGUGGAGUCCGAAUUGUGGUCAAAUCUGGCGUUGAAAUGGCUCGCCACCGGCGACCUCGGUUCACUCAAGCCGAAGGGAUGGAGGACCACGGAGGGCGAAGCGAAACACGGAGGAUCACCGAGGUUCAGAACUCAACGGGGGCAUCCAGCAGCGGACGCACAGGUGGUAAUCCACGGAGGAGUGUGGACCACGACAACCUCUGGCGGAGAGAUGAACAAGGGCAAAUUCCCUCACCCUACAGCAGAAAGUCGGCACUUGAGAUACGGCCGUGGGUGGGCGGAAUACCUGAAAUUUGCGGAGAAUGCCACGGCCCACAAGCGCAUGGCUAUUUGCCAUGAAUGGAUCAACCCCGCUAGCCAUGCUCGACGGCAGAAGGUCAUCGACAACCUCCCUGCUCAAUGUCAACGCAACAUUCCUGCGGGCUCCCCAGGCACUAUGUGGGUCAUCAACUUCAACGUGGCCGUAGACUGCCACGUGAACCCCAACAACCAUGGGUUCACGGUCCAAUACGUCCACGGAAGCUUCUCUGCCGGAGACCUCCCCUUCCGCAAUUUGCAUCUCCGCGCUGACACACCCUCAGGCACGAUUACCUUGGUCCGCACCCAGCUAGUCGAACACACAGUGCUGGACUGGGGACCACUGGCCGGACGGAGCUGGACCAACACCUGGCGUUUCAGUCAGCCCACCACGACGCCUUGGGAUGUCCUGCACGCCCAUAGCCGGAAGAAACUUUGGGAAUCCUGGGCGAAGUACCGGGGCGGCUCAUGGCCUACCCGGGGGCUCAACAUUGCCCAGCGCCCCAAGGCAGACGUAAACUUUGACCCUCAAAGUCAGCUCGAGACCCUCAAGACGAGCCUGCAGGACUCGCCAGACAUCUGCAUCAGCCACGCUUCCAUCGCCAGCGGCAACGCAAUCGGUAACCCAGACCAAUUUAACGAGGAUAGACGAAGCAUGAUGUCCUGUUACACGGUAGGCGUCGACGACUUCGCUCCGAUCGCUUGCCUCAAGCAGCAGGAGGCUGCCCGCACAGCCCACGCCAGCCUCGCCACCAGCGAACAUGCCACCCUUGAAGACAUCCUGGACGCAAUUGUCGCCAACAUCCCUACCACUCCCGCGACCUGA